AUGCCUCAGAGACAUCUUAAGGGCCUCAGAGACAUCUUAAGUUGCUCAGAUUCGUAUAAUGCUCAUUUGCCAUUUGGAGGUAAAGUUGUUGUUCUUGGAGGAGAUUUUAGACAAAUUUUACCUGUGAUUCCCAGAGGCUCAAGGCAAGAUAUAAUUCAGUCUUCUAUUAAUUCUUCAUAUUUAUGGCAUAACUGUAAGGUUUUGAAACUUACAAAAAAUAUGAGAUUGUCACUAAGUGAAAACAACAACAUACAAGAACUCAGAGAUUUUGCAGAAUGGCUACUCAAAAUUGGUGAUGGUUUGGCUGGUGAUACAAUAGAUAAUGAAUCAAUCGUUCAUAUACCAUUUGACAUUUUGGUUAAGAACUCUGAGAUAGCUUUGGAUGACCUCAUUGAUUUCGUGUAUCCAGAUAUGUUAUCCAAUUUAUCCGUUAAAAAUUAUUUCAAGGAUAGAGCAAUUCUUGCACCAACUCUGGAUUGUGUCACUGAUGUCAACAACAAGAUAACUGCAGGGUUACCUGGACAAGAAAGAGUCUACUUAACUUCAGACUCUGUGUGUGUUGAGGAGGGAAAUAUGGAAUUUGAGUUAGAUGCUUUCUCGCCGGAGAUUCUAAAUGGAAUAAAUUGUUUAGGUCUACCACCACACAAGUUGGUUCUGAAGGUUGGCGCUCCUGUUAUGUUGCUGCGGAAUAUAGACCAGACUAAUGGUUUGUGCAAUGGAACGAGGAUGCAAGUUAGAAAAAUGGAAAAUCAUGUGAUAGAAUGCAAGAUUUUAACUGGUAACAAAGUUGGGAGUAUUGUUCUUAUCCCAAGACUGAAUAUAAUUCCAAAUAAUGAAACAUUACCGGUCAGGUUUUAA